GCAGGAAGGUGGUCUGGUGUUUUGAUUUCUUUGCUUUUGUACAGCAUGCAAGGUUCGAGCUCGCAGAGCCAGAAGCAGCGUAGCAGGUAGAGGAUCACUUGGUCUUCCUGUUUCCGACGGCUUUAAAGCUGCCCGUACCAUAGCAAAGCCUAUUUAGCUACCCUGAGUAGAAGCAGAGUUUUUUUCCCAAUUUGUUUUCAUGAAAACAGAAUUUUUGGUAAGUUGUUGCAGCGAAGGCACAAGAAUAAUGGUUCGCGGCGUGCGGUGAGCUACUUUUCAUUUGCCAGACAGACCAACCGCGACAUCAUGCCGUCGGCGGGGGCCGUCGCUCUGCUUGGCGCACCUCGAGGCCCCAUUGCAGUACGUAUCUGACUAGCCUUCUAGGUCGUCAUCGCCAUGGAGGGCCUCAAGGACCCAUGUGGUGACCGGGUGGUGAAAAGCCUGCCACCCCCACCUGCAAAGCCGCUGGACGAAGCUUUGCUUUAUCCGGAAAACGGAGACAAAAAGAAACCUGAUGUUGCAGUGUUGAAAAAGCACCUGCUGAGGGAGGGCAAGCUCUCCAAGCAAACGCUUUUGGAUAUAAUAGCCCGGGUUACCGAGAUCUACAGGAGCGAACCGACGUUGGUAUCAUUUUGGUUCCAUCGACCCAGAUACUUCUGCCGCUCAAGUGAACCUGGACCUGCUUCGUGUCUUUGAGCAGAUCGCGUGCAUGUCUUGCCUACACCCACAUUGUUUUCCGAUGAAGUACUUAACAAACAAACUGCAGACUCAAAUUCUUUUGCCCCCAAGGUGAAAGUCCGAGACCCGAUAACAGUUGUUGGGGACAUUCAUGGACAAUUUUACGACUUUGUCAAAAUGCUGGACGUUGGCGGCGAUCCUAUGACGACGCAGACCCAGUACCUGUUUCUCGGUACAUGCCUACUAGCAGAACUGCUGUUGAAGUAGUUGAAUUCAUUCAUUGCUUUGUUAGCAUGGUUUGCCUUCCACGAAACACGCCUGGUGCCGCGGUUCAAAGCAAUCCUUCUGCAAGAAAAUCAUCCAAAAAGGUGACUACGUCGAUCGCGGUUCCUACGCAAUAGAGGUGCUCAUGGUGCUGUUUUGCACGAAGAUUACCCACCCGAAACGAAUAUGGAUGUUGCGGGGCAAUCACGAAUGCAGGCAGAUGUCGGCGUUUUUCAACUUUCGGGACGAGUGCGAGUACGCUUUUUUUGCGACGAUUUUAUUAGUACAAAACUGUAUCUUUAUUAUUCUAUUCUUUAGAAGUUUUGCUCAUGCGCAUCCAUAGUAUCCUUUUUGCUGCAACAUCGCUACCGCUACAUUCAGGUCGAAGUAUGACACGACCGUCUACAAUGCGUUCAUGGAAUGUUUCGACGCCCUCCCGCUCGCGUGCUUGAUAAAUGGCAAGUUUCUGGGCGUGCACGGGGGGAUUUCGCCCGAUCUCGUUUCCCUGAAGCAGCUUGACCGCGUGGAUCGGUUUGCGGAGCCGCCCAGGGAAGGAGUGCUGUGCGACUUGAUUUGGGCCGACCCCAUGGACGAAGCCAACGAACCGAAUGCCAAGGACGUGUUUGUUAAAAACGAAGUCCGCGGCUGCAGCUGGUUCUUUACUUACGAGGCGGCCACGCAGUUCCUGUACAAAAACAGUCUGCUCAGCGUCAUAAGAGCGCACGAAGCGCAGAUAGAAGGGUAAGCACGUUUCACUUUCAGACGCUCGUAAUAAAACCGUCUGUGCACCCUCGAUGCACUUCUUGUUUUGCUGUGUCAAGCACUUCUUCUAAAGAAUUGUUUUUCGUUUGCACGAUUAUCAGGUACAAGAUGCACAAGACGAAUCAAGCGACCGGCUUCCCGACGGUGAUCACGAUUUUCAGUGCUCCGAACUAUUGCGACGUGUACAACAACAAGGGCGCUAUACUGAAAUUCGACAACAACACACUGAAUAUCCUGCAGUUCAACUUUAGCCAGCAUCCGUAUCACCUACCGAACUUCAUGGACGUGUUCACCUGGUCGCUGCCCUUUGUGGUCGAAAAGGUCACGGAAAUGCUGUACUACAUGCUGCAGCCCAGUAGCGACCAGGAAGCAGAGCGCGAAAUCGACGAGAAAGAGCUGCCGCCGGCGGUACACAAGAUCGUGCGAGACAGCCUGUCGAUGGAGCAGAACGAAGCAGUAAAUAUCUUUGAUACUUGUUUGUCAUGUGGCUCUUCCAGUGCCGCACAACUUCGAAUCAAAAACAGUGUGCACCUCUAGCUCCUUGCGGCAUUGCAUCUCGAAAGGAUAAGUUUUGAAAAAGUAGCAGUCUAUCACAAAAAUCUCAGAUCAACCUCGCCGCGCGCCUGGCAGAGGGCCUGGAGGGCCAUGACGCAUCGCCAGGAGGCACGAAAAAGGCUGUCAUGCCAACAAACGAGCAACUGGAUGCGAGCGAAAGGCACGACCGGUUGCGCAAGAAAGUGAAGACGAUAGCAAGGAUGGCGAGUACGAUGAUUUUGUUGCACUUUUUCAACACAGAAGAUCAUGGACCACGAGUGAUCAGAUUCGUUCCUACUUGUUCAUCAAAAAUUUUCAACGCUUCUCCAAAAAAUUAUAUAACAGGGAUGUUCAAGACGCUACGACAGGAGAAUGAGGCUGUGAUUCGCUUGAAAGGCGUUUGCCCUGGGCACAGGCUGCCGCCCGGACUGCUACUGGCUGGGAAGAGCGGACUGGCGACAGAACUGGAGAGGUUCGAUCACGCAAGAUCGGUCGAUUUGCGCAACGAACUGCGUCCUGACACCUAGAAUAAGCUAACAUAGAAUCUCGACGUGACCGGGCCGGUCACGUCCGCCCGGCCGGCCGGGCGGCCGGACCGUGACCGGGGGUUGUCCCUGGUCAGCCCACAUCCUGGAGCCAGUCGCUCGUGGGGGUAGGAGGUGACGGCACUGCACCUUGAGCCAAAGUUGUGCAGUGGUAGAAUGCACCUCGCGGCACCUUGGAGCCCUAGGCCUUAAUAUGUAACGCGCCCGAGCGCGAGCGCAUGCCCAUAGAGAUGGACCUGCUGCAGCAAGUAGCAGUGACUUGAAGUCUGCAUCGAGGGCGCAACGCCGUGACUUGCUACCCUCCGUCCCUUUUUACCCCUCGCGCGCACGCAGAGUGAAAAGUUAGUGGGAGGAUGGAGUCGCGGCACUGUGCCUUGAGCCAAAGUCGUCCAGUGGUACAGUGCGGCUCACUGAACCUCGGAGCCACGACUUCGUUCUGGGCUCAAUUGCACAGCGCCGUGACUACAGGCCUCAAUAUGCACCUGAAAGCCACAGGUCUCAAUAUGCGACGCGUCGUCCGAGCUCAGGCGGAUCCAAGUGGCAACGCCACGAAGUCUGCAGCGAGACACUUUUGGCCCAAGGUGCAACGCGGUGAAUUGCUGGCCCCAGCUCCUUUUCUCCGUUUGCGCGCAAGCAGAGUCGGGGAAACGGACGGGGGCGCAGGAGUCGCAGCCACGUGCGUGGGGGUUGGGUUGGGGUGGGUGGGCGGGGUGUUUCGAGCGGUUGCCAGCGGUGUCUCGCUGCUGUAGCUACUGCUACUGCAUAAAUAAGUCCGCCCCCGCAAUGCUAGCUACUUUGCAGGAGCGUGAGGCCCAGCCAGGCUUUCGAUUGUAGGCACUGCGGGUGGAGCUGGAGCCGGAGCGGCUCUGCUCCGCGCACCACAUAAAACUAACAUCUGGCGCAGCCCGCGCCCGGAUAGCAGCCGCGGGACAUAGUCUACCCCCGGUCACGGUCCGGCCGGCCGGCCGGCCGGGUGGACGUGACCUCCCCGGUCACGUCGAGAUUCUCUGUUAGAACCUCUCAGAACUGGAGAGGUUCGAUCACGCAAGAUCGGUCGAUUUGCGCAACGAACUGCGUCCUGACACCUAGUCGGGAGCGGGAAGCAGCGGCGUCUGCUUCGAGUAGGAGUUCUGCGUGAUAUCGCUGAUUUUUAGUGCCCUCAACGUGAAACCAACCACGGUGUUACGCUUUUUGAUUUUACCAACCACGCAACUGAGCGUUGUUCAAUAUCAAUUCAUCUAUUACUUACAAGAACAGCAAAGUAGGCUUGAAAGUCGAGUAUAGUAGAGUUCUUUGUCAUUUUUCCAAAUAUUACCAACAGAAUUUUUUACUUGUAUUUCGUCCAGAACAGACAAAGAUGUGCUUUCCUCCUUGUCAAUUGACAAGAAACAUGAAGAAACAAGUCAUGCUGGCCUAAGUGCCAUUUCCGGCGAGCCAGUCGUGACAAUAUUGUGCCACAUAACAUCAUAGGUUCUUGUUUCGUCGUGAUAGCUGUUCGCCUAGUAACAGAGCUUGUGUUUGUAGUUUCGCGGUAAUGUUAUGUUUGCGUUUUGGCAGAUAAUUGUUGCCAUUUUUUCAAAGUUGUCUGUGUUCAGGGAGGAGUUAUUUUUUUGUCGUGUCUAGCAAUGCAAAUCGAGCGCGAGUGAUCAGAGCGACCUUCAGCUUUUCCAGCCUUGAAGUGGGUCGUCGCAAAAGUUUCCUCAUAGAGUCUGACUUUCAACUAGUAUGCUCGCAUCGAUCCAUUCAUGCGUGGCAGCGCUGAUGGGUG